ACACCGAAGUGUAGUAAAAAUCCGCAGUUCAUUUAGUUUACUCGGCGGUUUUAGAUCAGCUUAAAAAUAUUUGGAUGUUCCCUAAAAAUAGAAGCGCGAGUGAAUAAAAUACUUUGUAGCAACGCGAUGUAUCAUAACACGCAUUCAAUAAAAUGACUGAUGAAAAUCAAUCCAUAAAGACACCCAGCAGUGACUGUAGUAAAAAAGUGACUUUUAAUAGACCCAAAUUAAACUUUGAAAAUUUAAAUAAUUCGAACAAGUUUUACGCGGACAAUGUAUUCGUUCGGCCAAUAUCGCCUAAAUAUCAAAGAAAGGCAUCGGUGUUUCUUUUAAAUCAUCUAAAUGACAUCAAACACACAGGACUAGGAAUUGGUGAACGGUGUUCUUAUUGGCUGUACAGAACAAUCAAAUUUCUUAGUAGACGGUGGUUUACUCAUUGCUUCUUAAUUAUAAUAGUGUUUUUAUAUACAGUAUGUGGAGCAUUAAUAUUUCUGACAGUAGAAGGUCAGAAUGAAACCAAAUUAAUUGAACGAGACGUACAAUUACAGAUCGAAGAGCUCUUGAGUGAUUUAAGAUCAAAGUCCCUAGUACUACCAAGACAAUUUUCACUGCAGGAAUGGAGGGGCGAAGCUGCUAGAAAAAUUGCCGGGUUUGAAGAACAAAUAAAGAGGGCAUACGAUCGACAUCCCUUGGUUGUUUCACAUACGGAUGGAAAAGUAUGGACAAUAUGGAAUGCAAUUGUAUAUUGUUCAACGUUGUACACAACAAUAGGAUAUGGUCACCUCUAUCCCACAACUUUUACCGGUAGAGUUUUAACAAUUGUAUAUUCUACAAUAGGCAUUCCACUUUUCUUAAUAGCCCUUACCGAUUUUGGAAAGCUUUUUACCAGAGGUAUUAAAUAUAUAUGGUCGCAUGUCAGGCGACUGUAUUACACCGGAAGUUGUCGCAAAGUACGAAAAACUAGUCAAGUUCAAGAAAUUUUUAAAGGUGCGCAAGUAAUGUACAAUAUUGCUGUAUUUCGUCGACCAUCAACUCAACAAGUUGAUGAAUCUGAAAAUAUAACCAAUAAACAAGAUAAUCAAUAUCAAACGAUUACAGAACCACCAACACCAGGAAUUAUAUCGAACUUCGAAAUAGAUGACGAAUUUAACUUACCAAUUACUUUGGCACUUUGUAUAUUAGUAACUUACAUGCUCUGCGGAACUGUUAUAUUUAUGUCUUUGGAAGAAUGGGACUUCUUCUCUUCAUUUUAUUUUAUUUUUAUAUCCAUGUCUACAGUUGGAUUCGGAGAUGUAGUACCAGAUCAUCCAAUAUUCAUGAUAUUAUCCAUUGUAUAUUUAUGUUUUGGCUUAGCCCUUAUGACUAUGUGUUUUAACGUUGUACAAGAUAAAUUAAGCGACACAUUUACUCAUGCAUCAGCUAAAUUAGGUGGUACGAUGGGAAUUGGAGAUGAGGAAGAAAACGAAGACGUCACAGAACUAUCAUGCAGUAACUUUGCAGCAGAAACGGAUGUUUUACACGAACAACUAUCAGAACCAGAAGAUAAUACAGAAGGAAAGAUUGUAUCAUAACAUUUCGCAAUUUUGUUAAAUGUAAUCAUACAUAAAUUUUUCAUACGCAUUUAACUGAAAUGAUAAUAACAUUAUUGUAAUCGCCAAAAAUUAUUUUCAGAUUAAUUUUCCAUGACUAAUAUGAAACAGUAUUCUUAAGUUUUGUUAUGUAAAAAAUUACUAGAGAGUUGUAAUAAAUUUUGUGUAAUAAAAUAAAGACUAAUUUUGAAAUGCAUAACAGCUAGUAACGUUUAUCUACAAUUUUCUUUAAUGAUUUAUAUUUGUAUUGUAAUUCUAAAAGGACUCAUACAUUGUAAACAAAUUUCGCAUUAUAGCAAUGCACAAAGUUGCGUUAGCCAUUUUCAUCAAUAAAAAUUACAUUAACUAGAUUAAAUAAAUUAUGCAAAUUUUAAUAAAUAAAAUAUCUAUAGUAUGAUCGAAAAAAACGUUAAAAACUUUAAAUUAUUAUUUGCAGAAAAUUACUAAAAGUGCACAAGUAAUGUACAAUAUUGCUGUAUUUCGUCGACCAUCAACUCAACAAGUUGAUGAAUCUGAAAAUAUAACCAAUAAACAAGAUAAUCAAUAUCAAACGAUUACAGAACCACCAACACCAGGAAUUAUAUCGAACUUCGAAAUAGAUGACGAAUUUAACUUACCAAUUACUUUGGCACUUUGUAUAUUAGUAACUUACAUGCUCGGCGGAUCUGUUAUAUUUAUGUCUUUGGAAGAUUGGACUUCUUCUCUUCAUCUUAUUUUAUUUUCAUAUCCAUGUCUACAGUUGGAUUCGGAGAUGUAGUACCAGAUCAUCCAAUAUUCAUAAUAUUAUCCAUUGUAUAUUUAUGUUUUGGCUUAGCCCUUAUGACUAUGUAUUUUAAGGUUGUACAAGAUAAAUUAAGCGAUACAUUUACUCAUGCAUCAGAUAAGUUAGGUGGUACGAUGGGAAUUGAAGAUGAGGAAGAAAAUGAAGAUGUCACAGAACUAUCAUGCAGUAGCUUUGCAGCAGAAACUGAUGUUUUACACGAACAAGUAUCAGAACCAGAAAACAAUACAGAAGGAAAUAUUGUAUCAUAACAUUUCGUAAUGUUGUUAAAUGUAAUCAUACAUAAUUUUUUCAUAUGCAUUUAACUGAAAUGAUGAUAACAUUAUUGUAAUCGCCAAAUAUUAUUUUCAGUUUAAUUUUCCAUGACUAAUUCAUAUUAAUAAGCAGUAUUCGUAAGUUUUGUUAGGUAAAAAAAUAACAAGAGAGUUGUAAUAAAUUUUGUGUAAUAAAAUAAAGACGAGUUU